AGGAAGUCCACUCUGCGCGUUUGGGCCUGGGCAGCGGGGCGCUCGGUGCUAAGCGCAGCUGGUGCGAUGGUUUACAUCUCCAACGGUCGAGUGUUGGAUAGUCGGAGUUCUUGGAGCGUUUCAUCUAUAACAGAGUUGUUUUGGGGAGUGGUAGAUUUUGUGAUUCUAUAUAUCCAGAGCAUCAUUAACCCACAUGUGGUAAGAAGAGGCACUGUAUCUUCUUCCUUUUCAGGAUACGAUGAUGGAAAAGGACCUCCUGGAUUUCCUCGCCGUAGAAUGGGUCAAAUAAGACACCUUGGUGGGGGUCCAGCUCCACCACCAAUGGGUGGAGGUGGAUGAGGAAGGUAA